GCUGGGCUCAGUCUGGUGUGUUUGUGGUGUUUAUAUCUGUUAAAUAACACGUUUCUCAUUCUUCGUCCAUGACGCGACACGAACUCACUUCUCCGGUCGUCGGUUUUUGAAAAGGGAUGAAAAGGCUGGGGAGGAAGAAACAGAACGCAGUGAAUGGUAAUGGAUCUGCCACAAGAGAAGCAGAUUGUGGGAGGAAACAGAAGUUGGCUGAGAUCCAUCAGGCUCUACUCAGUGAUCCAGUCGACAUUGAGACCCUGAGGAGAACAGCAGGAAGUAAAGGUGGACUCCUCACUGAUGAGCUCAGGAGGAAAGUUUGGCCCAAACUACUGAACAUCAACGUCUAUGAUCUACCACACAAACCUGGUCGUGAUGUCAGGGAAAAUCACAAAGACUACAACCAGGUGCUCCUGGAUGUCAGGAGAUCCAUGAAGCGGUUCCCUAAAGGAAUGCCGGCCGCAGAGAGAGCCGUGCUUCAGGAGCAGCUGAUCGACAUCAUACUGAAGGUUUUGAAACGUAACCCUCAGCUCCAUUACUACCAGGGCUACCAUGACGUGGCCGUCACACUCCUGCUGGUUGUUGGGGAGCGAAUGGCCUUUGCCAUGUUGGACACACUCUCCAAUUAUCACCUCAGGGAUUUCAUGGAUCCUACCAUGGACAGUACUAAACACAUUCUAAACUACCUGAUGCCUAUACUGGAGCAAGUCGAUGCAGAGCUGCAUGACUUCAUGAUCAGAUCGGAGGUGGGAACCAUCUUUGCGCUGUCCUGGCUCAUCACAUGGUACGGCCACGUCCUGUCCGAGUUCAAACACACACUCAGACUCUACGACUUCUUCCUGGCAUCACACCCUCUGAUGCCCAUCUACCUGGCUGCCACGAUUGUGUUGCACAGAGAGAAGGAGGUGAAGCAGACUGAGUGCGACAUGGCCAUGGUCCACCACCUCCUGUCACGCAUCCCUCAGGACCUCCCAUAUGAGCUUCUGAUCCCGCGGUCGCAGGAACUUUUCAGCCAGUACCCGCCAUCAUUACUGGCCAAGCGGGCAGCCCUGCAAUCUCGCAAGAGUCGGUCCAUCAGCACCUUCCAAGCGUUUCAGCUCUCGACUCUGCACCAGAGGCCAGACUCUGUUCUCCAACGCCUCACCAGGGCCCAGGGCUCCUCCACCUCCAGACAAGCCUAUCAACACUCAGGCAUGGAAGCAGCUUUACCCCGGGACCGAGGCCAGCUGUGGGGGAACGGGAACAGGAUGGUGAAGAUGGCCGUGUGGGGGCUGUCUGCCGGGCUCGGGGCGGCUGUGUUCGCUGUGGCUCAGACGGCCAUGGACUGGGGACCUGAGGUGUUGCUGCAGCUGUUCUGACUGUUAGACGCACACAGAGUGACACGUGGUGACAGCGGACACAUGCUGCUCUCAUGAUGGAUCGACAGCAUCCAUACAUACACAGAAGACUGUAGGCUGCUCAGAGGGGACGGUAGAGAGAAGCAGGAGGAGGUCAGUUAUCUUGGUGCUGAACAGGUUGUUGCUUCUCCACCACAAUGAACAUAUGCUAACCACUAGUCCGCCUCAGGCUGUGUGUGCAUGUGUGUGAGCGGGUGAAUGCUUUAAUGUGUUUCUGUGCAUCAUGUCAGACCUCGUGCCAAACGUCGGCCCGGCACACGCGAAGGGGCCAGAGGAGUAAGGAAGUGACUGUUAACGUCCCUUUGUGGAAGGUCACUAAAACAACGAUAAAGAACUUUGGAGAAAAAUGCAAAAGUACCAAAACAAAUACAAAUACAAAAUGACUAUCAGGGACAGAAGACAAAUACAUACCGCAAAAAGAUGCAAAAAAAGGACCUCAAAGAUGCAAAAUGUCUACAAAAAGAAGCAAUACAACCUCAAAGAGUCGCAAAACGACUUAAACGAUGCAAAAAAAAAUCACAAAAAGAUAUAUAACGACUACAAAAAGAUGCAACAUGUCCUUAAAGAGAUAGAUAUGAGAAAAAAGGGGUUCAAAAGAACUACAAAGAGAUACGACUUCAAAAAGACAUGACAUGAUACCAAAUGAAAUGACCACAGACACAGAACAAAAAUCAGACAUGCUGGUGUUUCUUCGACGUAGGAAUCGUAGGAGUUCUUUUACGUGAUUGUGCCCAUGGGCCCGUUGUCUCAUAAUCCCUCCAUGCACAUGUGACACUAACGCGUCUCGCUCUUUCACGCUGUUGCUCACAUGCCAACACUAUUGCAACAUUUCACACGCGUCUGUGUAUUUCCUGUUUGCUGAUUAUCUAUCUGAUAACUCAUUUUUAGACCAUCACUCUUGUUUGGUUGCGUUUCUGUUGAAAGUGUUUUAGCAACGCCUGUGUGAAUAGAGCUGCUAGCACAAUGACACACGACUGCAAAUAAUUAAGAGCAGCGUUUUUUCCGCCCAAAGCUUCCAGUUAUGAACAAAGCGGGAGAUAUUUUUUUUUUGCCUGUGAGCUUCUUAGUAAUUUGUUAACUCCAGGUGUCAUUGAGUUACAUUAACAAUAAUUUUUGACACACAAAACGAGCUGUUGUUGCCCGAAACACGAAAACCACCCACAGUUUAGCCUGAAGCGCUAAGCACAAGCACUGGGUCUUUAACAAAUCCAUUUUCUUGGGAGGAAAACCAUAUUUUUAAAGUGAUUUUUAUGUAUUCUCCGAAGCAGUUUUUCUGCUGUCUGGCCCACCACUGCUGAAAGAAUACUGGGGGAAGACACUUCUACUUUUAUAUCUUUAAAAUAUUUAGUAGGUUUGCUCCGACAUCCACCCUGAACAGCCGGCAACAGAGCUACACUACACAGACUCAGUCCUUCCUCAACAUCAUGUUUCUCUUCCAAAUUCAACUUCUUUGCUCUAAAAUUAGUUUAUGGCUACAAUUUGAGGAGAGUACAAGGAAUUAUUUUAACAUUAUUUUUUUAGUAGUGGAAGAAGUUCAAUACGUGCAUUUCUUUGAAAAACACCACCCACACACUCACUGUCGAUAUUGUUGGACCAGAUGUAAUCACGGAGUCAUAACCUAAAAAGUGAAUAUUAAUAAUACAGGUGAGGUACAUACAUACGUGCAGAACACUGGGGCUCCUCCGAAAGGCAACGCAUGCUCUGGUUGUUGACUUAUGCUCUGAAAUAUUUAGCAGCUUUUAGUAGCAUGUAGCCGAGCGGCUGCAUUUGUUAACACAGUUUCACUGGAGUCACAACACUCGGCUUCCUGCACUUCCUCUGUUGUCAGAGAUAAAAGUGUCCGAUCUUUACACCGUCUGUCCUGUUAACUUCACUUGCUUCCGAGAAACUGUAGAGUCGGGUGUGUUCAAAAUGACAGUGGACGGAGGAGGAGAAAAUCAAGAGAAAACAAAAGGAGAAAAUUAAGACUAGGAAAUCAAUUGGAAAUAAAUUUUAGCGAUAUGAAUCUUGAGUGUCAUCUUAUUAGAUAGUCAAAAAUGAUUAACAGUGGUUGUUGUUUAAGCCAGUAAUUCAAAUCACAGUUAUAACUCAGACUGUGAGGUCCUGGUUUUAGUCACAUUACAGUGACUGAAACAAGGUCCCCAUAACGUACAUUAUUAAAAAUGUAAAGUUGAAGGUUAGGGUUGUAGUUAUGGUAAGAGCAAGUCUCAGGGUAAUGAAUGUAGGUCAACGUAUUAUCAUGAAGACGAGACUGUGUGGGUGUGUGUGUGUGUGUUAGCUUUAUUACAAUUCUUCAUUAGCUUUCUGGGCAUAUUCUGUAUUUUUAUUUGUUCAUGGUUUUGAUUCACCCUUUGCCUCUUUAUUAUCCAUCAAAAGUCUAAAUAUUUAUUUCAAGAGCAACAAUCUAAUCAGCUAUUUAUUUGAUGGAUACACAUUUAUUUAAUUGUAUUAAUGAAAUCUGAGGGUUUUUGACUUUAAAAGUGAAAUUAUUUUGCAUGUAUGAAUCAAACUAGACUUAAAGGAAUAAUUGCCAAACUGUUCCCUUUAAUGUUUUGCUUGUGUGCCAGUUAUUUUUGUAGAUUCAUAUUGUAAACAAAUGACUUUGCAAAGGGAACAUGUUCAGUUCUUAUGGUGAAUGGUUUGUUGUGAAGUGCAGUUCAUUCUGUCACCACGCAUCUGUAAUAAUGCGUCAUAUAACAUUGCUUUAUCGAUCGGAGGCAUUUAGCAUGUUUUCUAUUAGUGGCCUAAGUCAUAAAUGUGCAGGAAUAAAACCCUGUUGAUCAGGUUGUGUGAUCUUCAACUCAGCCCUAGAUGCUACUGUGUAGUCAUAUCUGUACCAUGUACGCACACGUACACACACAAACGUACACACACAACACACACGCACUGGGAGAGAGAGGUGGAGCCAGAUCCUAAUGAGGGUUUAAUUUCUGCCUCCGGCUCUUGGCGUGCUUAAGACACUUUCUCCUCAUCUUUUUUUCUUCACAUUCACAUUCAAACACCUAUAGAACAGCACCUGCACUGGCCUCAGCCUGGCAGAUGCCUUCCAUGAAAAAUUAUUCAAGCGUGUUUCUCAGUUUGAGUGAAACCAAAAUGCAAAAUGUAAAAGUUACUCCAGGUGUCGAAUCUCUCUCCAAAGUGUAUAUAUAUAUAUAUUGAUGCAAGUUUCAGGGCCAUAAAAUCAGUGUGAGCUGUAUUUUUAGGAGAAGUUAACAGAACAUUUUAUCUGACUAUUGUAAGAAAGUAACAUAGGGGGUUUAUUGUAUGCAAUUUGACCAGAUCGCCUCAGUUUUGUGUUGAUUAUAAAAGAAGAGACGCCUGGAGUCACAUAAAGAUCUGACUUUUCAAUGCAAGUGUGUGUAAUGUAUGAAACCCCGGAGAACCUAUGUGUUGAUUCCCUGAUGACUUUUUCCUCCCCUCAGGUCCCAAAUUUCCCAAAAGACUCGAUCACACCAAAUGUUUUUUACAAAUACAGAAUGCAAAUUUCAAGCUGUUAGCUGUGUGUGUAUAUAUGAUUGCUUUGGGCAUUUUCUUGCAUGUUUUGAUGAUGGUUACAAAGAGAUACACAUCGUAUCUUUGAACAUGUCGGGUUCUCUGCACCUUAAUGUAUUGAAAUGUGUGUUUUACAUGUAAGUGAAGCCUCUUUCUGUUUAUGAAGUAGAACGGUGAAUAAAUGGCAAAGGAAACACUUCA